AUAACUUUCAAUGAUUUAAACACACAGUUUUCCAGCUUAUUCAUGAGCUGACGAAUAAACUCCAAGCAAGCCCACAACGCCCACACGUUCGCUAAGAAAUCCAUUAACACAAUGUCGACGCUUGCCGAAAAGGACUUUUACCAGUUGACUGUCAGCACAAACAAAGCUUUAAAUGGUUUGGAGGCACCAUUAAAAACGAAACAUGCUCGAUCCAUUAUUAUUAUGAUACAUAAAACCAAAGAAGCAAAAUCAUUUUGGAACACCAUCUCCCGGCAGUCCUUAAUGCAAAGCAGAUUCACCGCCUGGAAGUUUUGCCAUUUGCUGCACAAGGUGCUAAGAGAGGCUCCUCCAUGUGCUAUAAAACACUCUCAGAGUCACAAGAAAAUGAUCCUUGAAGUGGGCAAAAUGUGGGGUCAUCUGCAAGACGAUAUUGGACUCUGUAUAAACGCCUACUGCAAGCUCCUGGUCACAAAACUAAAUUUCCACGAAAAAAACACUUUUCCCGGAUCCCUAAUAAUUUCGUUCAAGGAAAUUUCGAAAGCUGCCGAUCGGGAUGUAAAUUACUUCUUUCAAUUGUGUGUGGAGAUCUUCGAUUAUUUGGAGGAUAUAAUUGCACUGCAGUUACAAAUAUUUUCUUCCAUAAAUACCUACCGAAUGUCGUCCAUGACUCAGCAGGGUCAAUGUAGACUGGCACCCAUGAUUUGUCUCAUUCAAGACUCGAACUCCCUCUACGAUAAUAGCGUAAGGAUUAUGUUUAAACUCCAUGAAAGCCUACCGAACGACGUCCUGAGCGGCCACAGGGAUAGGUUUAAUGGUUUAUUUUCGAAGUUGAAAGUCUUUUAUGAAAAUGUGCGACCGCUUCAGUAUUUUAAAAGCUUAAUUUCGGUUCCGGAAUUGCCCGAAUCCAGUCCAAAUUUCAGUUCACAAGUUGAUUUCAGUAGUUAUAUACCGCCAGUGGUCUAUGUGCAACCAGAGCCCGAUCCAAUUGUUGAAGAUCUUGUUGAGACCAGCUGUCCCUCAGAGCCAGAUGAUGGCCAAAUGCAGCAGCAGUUGAAUGCACUCGAGGGCAUUAUAAAUGAGAAGGAAGCUACGAUUGAAGAUCUUAAAUUAACAUUGAAUUCAUUACAACAAAAUUUCGAUGAGCUUGGACAGAGCUACCAACAUGAAGUGCUCGAAAUGCAGAAAGCCAAUGCCCUCUUAUCGAAUGAUCUGCUAAUAUCAAGGCAAAUGUGUGAAAACAUACGGAUGCAAAAUGAUGAUCUUGAGCUUCAAUUAAACAAAAAUCCAAUGCUAAUACAAAAGGUAAUGGAAGAAGAGGAAAAGCAGAAACAAUCUUCGGAAAAGUUUAACAAACUAAAAUUGCUGUACACGCAAAUUCGGGAUGAGCAUAUUAAAUUAUUGCGUGAACAAAGUGAAUCCACAAAGGUUUUAAAUAAAGAGAAGCAAACCAACUCUGAGCUACUAUUGCAAACAAAAGUCCUCAACAAUGAGAUACUAAAAAUAAAAGGCGAUGUUGAGGAAAAGAACAAGACCAACUUUGAUUUGUUGCAACAAAUAGAGGACCAAAAGGAGCAGCUUUCGCAGCUGGAAUCGGUUAGGAAUGAGAUAAAGGAGCAAUUUGAUAAUGUAGUAAAGCAAAAGGAAAUACAAGAGCUGGAUUCUAUUUCGACGUCUGAGAGAUUGAGUGAAAAUUGUUUGAUAAUUGAGAAACUGAAUGCGUCUCUAAAUGAGGCCCAGGAAAAGGUUUCAAUUGCUGAAAGCCAAAUAAGUUUGAAAAACGAAGAAAUACUACAGCACUUAAAAGCGCAUGAAACAGAAAAGGAAACGCUUCUGUCACAGAAUGAGCAACUAAAGCUGGAGCAUAAAGCGACCUUUGAGGAUCAAAAUAAACAAUUGCUGGAAACUAUAAAUAGCCUAAAGCAAAAGGAAACUUCCCUGCAGGAAUUAACAGAAGCUUUUGCGCUACUAAAGCAGGAAUUCGAUAAUGUAACCAAGCAAAAGGAAAUACAAGAGCUGGAUUCUAUUUCAAAGUCUGAGAGAUUGAACGAAAAUAGUUUGGUAAUUGAGAAACUGAAUGCGUCUCUAAAUGAUGCCCAGGAAAAGGUUUCAAUUGCUGAAAGCCAAAUAAGUUUGAAAAACGAAGAAAUACUACAGCACUUAAAAGCGCAUGAAACAGAAAAGGAAACGCUUCUAUCACAGAAUGAGCAACUAAAGCUGGAGCAUAAAGCGACCUUUGAGGAUCAAAAUAAACAAUUGCUGGAAACUAUAAAUAGCCUGAAGCAGAAGGAAACUUCCCUACAAGAAUCUACAGUGGCUCUUACGCUCCUAAAGCAGGAACAGCUCUCGGUGACACAACAAUACGAGGAAUUGCAGGGCAGGCAUGCGGCUCUGGAAGAGAAGUUCCAUCAAACAACGAAACAAGUGGAUUCUAUUACUGAAUCAUAUGAAAACUGUCAUUCCAAUCUUAACGAUGUUAGAAAACUGGUAGUUCAAACUGUGAAGGACAUUUGCAAUUCCAAAUUGAGUGAUUCCGCCGAACAGCCCUUAGAUGCUAUACCAAAAAUCACAACAGAAAUGGAUGGGCUCAUAGUUACAUUCAUUUCCUCACCUGAUUUACAAAAGGCUACGUCCAUUAAGGGCUUGCAGGCAGCUAUGUUCUUUGGAUAUGCAUUUAUUAAAUUAUAUGAGCAGUGCGAUGUGGUCUACAAGUCUACAACAGAGAUUGAGACGGGUCAAGAUAUUUUAAUGAAAGCAUCAUCCAUAUGCUCAGACAUCUGCACCUUUUUCCAAUAUUCUCUCAACGACGAACCGAGGGAAAAGGAAACGCAUAAGGCUUUAAGCGAUGUACAAUCGAAACUGUCGGAUAUACGUAAAUUAGUUGAUAAAAUUAAACAGACAUUUGAGAAAAAGAUUGACUUCGAUAAGCUGCUCGAAAUAGAGCUUCGAGAGAUGGAUAGUGCGAUCGAUGAGGCAGCCUCAAAGAUUAUUAACCUGUUGGCAAAGGCCCGCGAGAAAGAUGACAAAACCAACCUGGAAGUCAAUGGGAAAAUUGUGGAUGCAUGCACGACCCUAAUGGAAUGUGUUAAAGUCCUAAUUUUAAAAUCGCGUGUGCUUCAGCAGGAAAUCGUCGCAUCUCAAAAAGGAAAUGCGAGUGCUAAUGAAUUUUAUAGGCGCAACAGUCAGUGGUCGGACGGGUUAAUAUCGGCUUCGAAAAGCGUAGCUAAGGCUGCGAAUUAUCUAGUUGAUGCUGCCAAUAAUGCCAUUGAAAGUGAAUCUGGGAAGAACUUUGAGCUCAUAGUCGCUGCCCAGGAAAUUGCUGCCUGCACUGCCCAGAUGGUUAUUGCAAGUAAAGUCAAGGCUAAUCGUAAUAGCCAAAAUCUGACAGACUUGACCAAAGCAUCGCGGAACGUAACUCAGGCCACUGGGACGUUGGUGGCCACUGUUAAAGAUUGUAAUUCCCAACUGGAAGAACUAAACGAGAAGGAGCUCUCCAAUCUUACACCAUCCCAAAUAAAGACCAUGGAAAUGGAAAUCCACGUAAAGGUUCUCGAAACAGAGCAAGCACUGCAGACACAACGCUUAAAAUUGGCGGCGUUUAGGAGGGAGCACUACAAGAACACAGAUUACUAAAUUCGUUAAAGUGUACCUAUGUAUUAUGUAUUUUCUUUAUGUUAAAAUAAUAGCAGAACAAACGCAUAGAUAUAGAUGCAAGAAAUGGUAAACAUUACAAGGACAAGGGCUCUCUAAUAUUAUCCUCAGAACUGGGUUUGUUUGAUUGUGGCCUUAGUUUCUGACUUGCUGUAAGCUUUCAAUAUUUGUUAAAUCCAUUAAAUUAUUUAGUAUACA